AUGUUAAUAGUCAAGAUAAUUGCCAAUCAUGCAAGUGCGUAUCACCGCCCCUUUCUGCACUUUGCAGUCCGAAGGAUGUCCAAUUCGUCUGUGAGUAUUAAGUUUAAAUGGGGUCUGAGUGCCUCAGACCCUGAACAGAAACCAGUGCUGUUUGUAGGGCAGGCAGCCCACCUUGCUGCUCUCUCCUGGCAGGAUGUACGCUGCAAACUUGAACCUAAAGUGUCUGAAGAGACUUGGCGGAGAGGCAUAAAUGUGGCAUCACCAGGGGAGGUAUGUGAGAUAUGGCCUCGUGGUGCAGCGUUGGGUGUAUUACCUCCGCGUCGUUCUCGUCACGCUGCGCCUUCUCGCUCUCAUGCCUUGUCCAAGCUUGUGAGGAGUGCUGUACGCUCGGUUGGAGAUGAAUUUGUUGUGCUGGUCUGCCGCAAGCGCGACGUGCUAGCUAGCGCCGUGGCCGUCGCCCGCGCUGUACCACUGUACAGCGCGCGCUCGGGGCCCGCCCCCGUGGGCGUGGGCGUGCCGCCCGUCCCCGCCGCCCCCGCUCCCGGCGUCAAGCGGACUCUCACUGUGGAGAUACACAUUGCUCAGGAUGCAGAGGGUGACUCUUCAGACGAGGAUGGGGGUGUGGAACCCGAACUUCUUGACGGAACACUCUCAAGCGAAGAUUUGGCAACAUUGCAGGAUAUAGCUGACGCUACUCGCUUAGCUGCUAAGAUAACUGAUAUGCCUGCUAACAUAAUGGGUGUUGAUGCUUUUAUUGAGGAGGCGUACAACGUAGCUAAAGAGCUGGACAUAGGCGAGCCCACGGUGAUACGUGGCGAGGAGUUGAAAGAGCGUGGUAUGGGCGGGCUGUACGGCGUGGGCGCGGCGGCAGCGCGCCCGCCCGCGCUGGUGGCGCUCUCGUACCGCGCGGGGGCCGGCGUCGCCGACAGCGUGGCGUGGGUCGGCAAGGGCAUCGUGUACGACACCGGCGGCCUCAGCAUUAAGGCAAGGACAUCAAUGGUCGGCAUGAAGGGCGAUUGCGGCGGCGCCGCGGCCGUGCUGGCCGCCUUCCUUGCUUUCGUGAAGGCCAAGCCCUCCAUCAACAUACACGCAGUGCUGUGCCUUGCCGAGAACAGCGUGGGGCCCAAGGCCACCAGACCUGAUGAUAUCCACCAGCUGUAUUCAGGACGAACCGUUGAAAUCAACAAUACUGAUGCCGAAGGUCGGCUAGUGCUGAGCGAUGGCGUCGUGUACGCUCAGCGGGACCUCAAAGCGGACACCAUCGUAGACGUGGCCACGCUCACCGGGGCACAGGGCACGGCAACGGGCAAGUACCACGCGGCGGUGCUGUCCAACUGCGCGCAGCUGGAGCGCCGCGCGACGCGCGCCGGCCGCGCCUCCGGCGACUUGGCGCACGCGCUGCCCUUCGCGCCCGAGCUGCACUUCGCAGAGUUCAGCAGCGUCGUCGCUGAUAUGAAGAACAGUGUUGCCGACCGCAACAACGCGCAGCCGUCGUGCGCGGGGCUGUUCGUGCUGGCGCACCUCGGCUUCGACUUCGCCGGCCGCUGGCUGCACGUCGACAUGGCCGCGCCCGCGCACUGCGGUGAGCGUGCGACGGGCUACGGCGUGGCGCUCCUCAACGUGCUGUUCGGGGCACACACGCGCAGCCGCCUGCUGCGGGCGCUCUGCCCCCGC